GCCACCAGGAGGUAAACAAACAUGGCCUUACUCUACCCACCCCUCAAGAAGGUGCUACAUAGAUCCCUCCUUUUACAGAACACUCGCCUUCUGUCACCAAGUCUGAGAUGCACAAAUGUGACCAGAAACUACACAGCCAUAAAUGCAGGGUGGCACACUCACGAGGGAGACAUGGGGAGAGGAAGGAAGCCGCCCAUUUGCAGUGCCUUCAUCAAGCUGUGCAGAGUUACUCUCAGUGCAGGGAUCGGAUCAAGACAGUGCUGGAAGUGCCAAGGUGAUGUUCCUGCUGACACUGAAUUCUGCUCCAGCUGUAAGAGUCUACAACCUCUGGACUCACACAGGAACCACUUCAGUAUUCUUGGAAUAAAGAUGAACUUCAACAUUGACACCCAAGCACUGAUGCGCAAAUUUAAGAGGCUACAAACUCAGUACCAUCCUGACAGAUACUCCACAAAGUCUGAGAGAGAGCAGCAGUUUGCCCACGACCAUUCAUCAGCUGUCAACAAAGCUUACCGGUGUCUGCUGCACCCAGUGGACCGUGCGCUGUACUUCCUGGACCUGGCGGGACAGCCUCUAGAGGAAGGCAAGAUUGACUUGGACCCAGAGUUCCUGAUGGCAAUAAUGGAGGUGAAUGAGGAACUAGCUGAGGCUACCAGCAAAGAGACGGUUCAGUCAAUCGGUCGACGCAACACUGAGAUUCUGAAUGGCUUAUUGAGUGAAGCAGAUGCUGCCUUCUCAUGUAAUGACAUAGAGAAAGCCAGAACAGUUGUGGCCAAAAUAAAAUACUACAACAAUAUCUACGAGAAGGUGAAAAGCUUUGAGAGAGAACACGGCAUUGUUGACUGAAGGCUUGGUAAGGUACGGCUAAAUAGACACAUUGUACAUAAGUGUAUAUAUCUAUCUUCUAUAUACUAUUGCAAUAAAUAUUUACAUCUUUUA